AGAGAUGGAUUGUUGCAAAACCCUUUUUACGCGUCAGUGAUUGAGCAUCGGCUCAUUUUUAUCACGCUUCUUUUUAACGCACCCACCUGGGUGUGUACACACAGCACUCCUUAGCAAAGUGGCUAAAAUAUAAAUAUGCACUAUAGUCCUGCUUUGUUCUGAAGUUACUCACUGCUGAUAAAGACCGUCUUGUGCUAGGUGCAUCCUCUCGACAGGCGCAAUACGCCCCAAAACUAAAUACAUUUUCUUUACGUGAUGUUUGCACUUGGCUCAAGGGUCAAAUAGGUUACUAUGAAAACUGGGCUUUGGCCUCUUGAUGUAGUCACCCUAGGUAUAAGAGCUGUGGGUAUGCCUUUUUCCUUCAGAACUGAGUUAGACCAGGAUCAUCCCCAGCAUCACCAGAAGCCAUGGAGUUCCAUUCAAACGUGGUCAGUUCGCAGCCCGUCACCGUAACACAGUUCAGCGUGUCCCCCGGACUGUCGGACUGGAGCACAAACGUAUGCGACUGCUGCGACGACUGUGGCAUUUGUCUUUGUGCAACAUUUAUUCCUUGUAUCCUGGGCUGUAAGGUGGCUCAAGACAACGGAGACAGCUGCUGUAUACCUUUCCUCCCAGGCGCCAUGAUCGCUUUGAGGACAAGCAUUCGAGGCAAAUACAAUAUUGAAGGAUCAGUGUGUGACGACUGGGUUAUCAUGGCCUGCCUGCCUUUAUGUGGACUGUGUCAGUUGGCUCGAGAGCAAAAGAUGAGAAAAUAGUUAAACAGCAAGUCACCCCCCUACCCGAGUCUUACUCCACUACCACUUCCUGUUUGAAAAAUGCAACAAAUGAUGUUGAGCUGCUAACAAAUACACACAAACACAGGCUCACAAUGACACUGUGACGUCAUAAUGUACCAGCUAACAUCACAGUGUACCUUAUAGCCAAUAGCGAUGGCAGAUUUAAAUUUCAAAUGUAGUGCAGAGUUUUUACCUGAACACUGACAGUUUUAGGCAGAAUAUUUAAAUAUUAACUAAGAUGCAUUAAAGUGCCAAAUUAUUGUGUACACAUGAGUUCAACACGAUUAGACACUUUAGUUUAUUAGCAGAAAAAAGUGGAUUUGGGGAUGACUUGCUCUUUAACAAAAAAUAAAUAAAACAUUCAUGUUCUGUGGUCUGAGUUUGACAUUUACUGGAAUGACUUUGUUUAGGCAAACAAAGCUGUGGGGACAUUUGGUUAUUACCUGGGCGGAACUGAACUUACUUGUCUUUGUGAAAUCUAAACAAACUAACCUGACCAAUGAGGUUUUAUUGUUUUUAUUGUUAAUUUAACUUUCCUCAACUUUGACAAAUAUCCACAUCAAAUAAAGUGUUAAAAUAAAUUAGGAGGAACUGAUUUGUACAAUACUGAAAAUAAUUCCCAAAAUAAAUGUUCUUUUUUUUGACAGAACGAAAAUUUAAAUCUUUAUUUAGCGAUGUUGGAAAAAUAUAAGGAAAACUGCCAAGUAUAUGCAGAACAAAUGAACAAUGUUUAAACGUGCAUAAAGCACAUUUUCUAUUCUAUAUGUGUCCAAUACUGUAUUUGUACUUUUCCUUUAAAAACAGUUUUAAAUAAAACAAAAGAUGUGGAA